AACACUUCGCGAAGCCGCUCAUCUCCCUAGCCGCCGCCGGCGCCCGCAUGGCUCGCGCUCCCCAGGCCCUCCGUCGUCCCCACCACCUCCUCCGCCUCCUCCCGUACCCCGCCCCGCUCUCCACCUCCUCCUCGCCUCCGGACCCCCGCGAGCUCCUCCGCAUCGACCGCAUCCUAAACAGACCUCCCACCGCCGCCGUCGCCGCCUGCCAACCCUCUCAGGCCCUACAGCACCCACGCGCCGCCACCAGCCUACACCACCUCCUCCACCGCGCCGCCGGCCUGACCGCUGCGGAGUCUGCCUCCCUUCUUGGCCGCCUCCCGGGUGCCCACGCCCACCCCCGCCUGGGCCGCCUCCUCCAGGAACUCGCCGGCCUCCGCCUCCCGGGGGCCGAAAUCAAGGCCGCCCUGGCGUCCGAUCCGGAGGGGCUCCUCUCCAUGGACCCCGGCGAGCCGUCCCGCCUCCUCGAGCUCCUGGGCGACCUCCGGUGCCGGAAGGCGGUCAAGGAGCAGGUCCUCGCCCGCGGCGCGCUCCGCGCCGCCGUCGUCGCCCGGCGGCGGGUGGAGCUCCUGCACGCGCGCGGGCUCACCCGCCACGACGCCCUUCGGGUUCUCGCCGCCGAGCCGCGGGCGAUGCUGUAUUCCCCAGAGGACGUGGAGAGGAAGGUGGAGUUCUUGGUGGACACGAUGGGGUUCGAGGUCGGGUGGCUGGUGCAGUACCCGGAGUUCCUGGGGGUGAACCUCGACAAGUGGAUCAUCCCGCGGCACAAUGUGGUGGAGCACUUGAAAUCUGUUGGCGGGCUCGGGGACCCUGUUGAGAUGAAGCACUAUGUGAGGCUCAGUCGCAGGAGGUUCUACAACAUGUUUGUCAAGCCGUACCCGGAAUGUGAGAGGAUAUUUGGAGGGCUGGUCAGGGAGAGGGAGGAAAUGGUGAGGCAGCAGCACCCGACGGGGCUCUGGAAGCUGUUUACACCUGCGAAGUAUGAGCGUACUCAGGAGGAGGUGACGAACAUGAAACUUCUUGUGGGAUCACUUCGUUAGGUAUAUUAUGAUCCCAGGAAUACCAAUUCGCUCGAAUGUGGAAGAGCGCAUGCCUCGAGCUAAUUGUGAUUGAACCAAGAAGAGCUGGUUGAGAAAUUCAUGGUCAAGGGAACUUUGUCAAGGUGACAAGACUGCAGGUGGUAUUGUGAAAGCAUACAGGUUCAAUUGAGAUGACUGUUUGCAGACAAAAAAUGGCAGUUGUUGUGAAUGGACAUGAACACAGUGGGUAUUCUCAAAUAUGUCUUAGUGACGCGUUCCACCACAGAUCAGAAGAUUAAAUCCUUCCUUAAAGGUGUAAUUUGGGUUUAAUGGCUCACCAUAGUAUGCUGAUCAGAGAAAAGCAGAUAACAAAUUCAGGAAAUCUGGCUGCUGAUGCAAGGAUUAUCUCAAGGUAUCAACAAAUGGAUUGAGCAGCAGGACUGAAUCUGUUACCCCACUUUGCUUCAGCUUGUUUGUACAUCACCAUUGCUUUCUUCCAUAAUAAGCUCAUCAUCCUCCCACUCCUAUAGAAGGUUCAAAAAGGGUUGGAGGGUUGGAAGCUCAUAACUUUUCUUUUUUGAAUUUAUGAUCAUCAGAACAUUAUGCUGAGAAGUUGUGUAUGCUAACUUGGUACUCAAAAGUUUUCUUCUGCAUGCAUUGGGGCCAUUUGUUAGUUCACAGACAUUUCACUGCUUUUGAUUUUUAUCAUUAUGUAUUUACCUUUCAUGUGUGUUCAGCAUUAGUUUGAGUUAUGAGCUAUGAGUACAUCUUAAAAAAAAUCUUCCAUUUACAUUCGUUCACCUGGUCUUUUUUCUUCUUUCUUUACUGGUGCAUUUUGUUCUUUUGUGAUUUAACGUAACAGAGUUUAAGAGUUUGUCGUAUAGUCCACCUAAUGUUUUCACACAUCCAAAUUCUUUAUGCAUUAGGUUAUUGUGUUCAUUGAAAAUUAGUUUUAUAGUAGCCAUUUCCAAUGAGUGAUGUAUACUAAGACAAUACGGAUGAGAUUCAGAGAUUUUGAAUUGUACAAAUUUUGUGGCACAUGCCUCAUUCAUUAUGUGAACUAGAAAUGACGACAUAUAUCAGUGAAAUUUCGACCUCUUUUUUUGCUAACAGUAAUAAGCAAUAAUUGUUUGUUACAUUCGUUUACCUUGACGUAAUUUCAGUUUGCAGGUGGAAAUUAAUCUUUCUUUAAGACAUGAUAAGAUGUUUACUUAGGUACUUCAAUUUAAGAUGUUGGCAGGUCUUUUCCAUUUUUAAUGUCCUAUUGUCAUGGAGAUUUUGUUGCAAGUACAGUGUACUAUUUCAGAUAAGACAUUAGCCUGUUUCACAUGAGGAAAAUUAUUGGUGCAAGGACUGACUUUGGCGUGGCUUCAGCCGUCAGCCCACAUCGCUGGCUUCAGGAUAAGGAAACCUGGUGGUUGUUUAACCAACUGAAUUAUAAGUCGAAGAGCAACAGAUAUUCCAGCAUUUCUACCAUGCUAUAAACCAACAAACUGUGGUACAUAGUGAACCUCCCAUCUUUCUUCUCCUUCCGCCUAAAUUCCUGGCAGUGAACCUUUAAAUCUCCUAAUUUUAUUUUCUAUUUUCAUGUGAAAAACGUUUCUUUUUUUAUUUCUCUACGAUACUAGUUGUAAAUGUCCAGUCCUUAGUCUUGUCAGUCCUCUCUGGAUUGAUGCAUCUUGGAUCUCCAUUUUUUCCUUCAUGUUUUGCCAUGUUACAUGAUUCCUCAGGUCAUGUUUCCUUGUUAGAGAGAAGGUUUGGACUUCCUGCUAGCAAGUAGAAAGAAUAUACAGUCAGUGAGUUUGGCUCACAUAAAAAUAGAUACCUUUAAAUGCUGUUUGUCUUUUUCCUGAUUAUUCUUCUCUGUAACUUCUCUAGAAAGCCAAGAGCUCCCUUCCACAGCCAUAAGCAUGUGAUUUGAUGUCGGCGUGGCAUUUUAUUGCCCAAGUUUAAAAUUGCCUUCUUACUUCAUUUGCAAGAAAAUUGUGCUUGAACUUCAAAAGUAAACAGAAGGUUGGACUUUUGAUCGAUGGUAGACACAUCAUUGUGGACAAUGAUCCACUACUCAUUUUCGAUGGUGGGCUGCUAUAAAAGAGCAGACUUGCUGUCCUUUAGAAUCAGACAAGUCAGAGUUUGGUUGUAUCUGCAAAAGAAAGGUGUUUGGGGAUGAAGAUAACUCCACUGUGCAAAGCCAUGGUGCUUUUGGCCUUAGGCUCUCUGUUUCAUGUAUCAAGCACUGAACCAGUGUAUGGCCUAAGAAUGCUACAGCGAAUAAAAGCAACUCCGACCUCAGGUGCAACAACUCAGACUAUAAAUAUGGACAAGACAGAAUUCGCCCAUGCUUGAAGUAUUGGAUUUGUGCUCAAUGACUCUUCCGGUGCAAACGAUGGCCAUUCAUCAUACCCUGGUAGCUCCAGAUGAAAGGAAGAGCGGAUAACCCAGAGCUACUCACUGAUGUGAACUGUAGUUUUCUCAGAGCUUUCUGGCAUCACAAGCAUCUGAGAGGCUGACUAAUGAUAUGAUGAGAGCUACGGUUGCAAUUGCGUGUGCAUGACAAAAAACAUCUUCUGUCUUCCAUAGCUGGAGCAAAAUAAUGUAAGGAAAUGCAGGUUUCUUCUUUUAACCAUUGAUGCCAUGGUUAAGUUUGUAUGGCCCAAUCCUUUGCAAAUUCUAUGCUUUCUAAGAUUAUGGCCGUAUUACUUCAAAACUUGUUGCAUGAGCAUUUACUUUCUGUUCCUACAAAAGAUGAGAACAGACAAGGAUAUUUGAAAAUCAA